GCACUUCAAUUCACUCGCGUUGUAAAUAAACAGUAUUAGAGUAUUGCUAUCACGCGUAAGCGAUUGAAAUAACAGAAUGUGAAGAAAACGUCUAAUUUUGUCAACAAUGGAAAACGAUCGAUCAGCGAUCGUUUAUGUUGCGACCGAAGAAAAGGAAUUGACCGUUCCAUUUAAUUAUGGGCAAACAAUUGAAGAUCUUUGUAUCAAGGUCUGUAAAUCUUUAGGAAUAGGACCAGUGGCCAGACAUCUUUUUACUCUUAGAAAUCAUUCUACAAAACUCUGGUAUCCAGUAGCUCAUCGUUUAGAAUCAAAAGACAAAAAUAAGUUCGACUUUAGGCUUAGAUUUAAGCCCCCAAACAUACGUAGAUUAAAGCAGAUUGAUGGACACGCCUAUGACUAUUAUUUUCAACAAGCACGUGCAGAUGUUAUGGAUAAUAAAGUACCUGAUAUUGUUUAUGAGAGACAUAAGCAAGAACUGAUUGGGCUUGGUGUCAGUGAUAUGUAUAGAGUAAUGUUGGAGAAGAGGGUACCAAGAGAAACAGUUGAAUCAGAGUAUAGAAAGUACAUUCCCAAAGAAUGUAUAAAACGUCAUGCAUUUUUUAUUAAAAAACCAAUUCAUAAUGCUCUUCGUAAAAUAUCUGGGCAUGAUGCAAACUAUGUUAAAGACCAAUAUUUAAAGCAGUUUGAAUGCAUGGCACCAAAUUACCCAUACGAAGAAUAUGAGGCUUUAAUGGAUAGAGGUCUAGAAAAUUCUUCAGCAAAAGUAUCUUUGAGAAUCAAUGUAGAUGAAGUGAAAUAUUGUGAAACUGCUGCUACUUCAUGGACUACAUUGUGUGCAAUCGAGGAUUUAUGUUUUGUUUCUAUAAGACAAGAUAAUACAGUGGAAAUAUCAAGAAAAAAUGGUAUACCGUCAUAUUUGAAGUUUGCAAAGAAUGCACUCCUAAUGUCCUUCGUUUCGGGGCUGGAUGGUUAUUAUCGUCUAGCAUUUAAAUGGACAUACAAUUUGUGUGGUGAGAUUAUUACUCCUACUCUGGAAAAACUGCACAAAUUAAAAUGUCAUGGUCCAGUUGGACAAGAAUUUUCAUAUGCCAAACUUCAACAAAAACGUGCUAAUAAACCUGGUUCUUACUUACUUAGAGAAAGUGAGACAGAGUAUAACGUAUUUUACUUAGAUGCGUGUAACAAAGAAGGAAAGUUAUUUUCAAAAAGAAUAGAAGAAAACAUUUCAUCGGAUGAUUUCAUCAUUGAAGGUUCUUCUCAUCCUUAUAAUUCAUUGGCGCAAUGUGUUUCAUCUAUUCAUGAUAGUGAAGGACAACCGUAUCUUACAGAAUGCUUACCGCCUACGGAGUACGACAAAUCACCACUAUUGCUUUGUGCUGCUGAAAGUGUAGUUAGUGAAGUUGCAGCCGACGAAGAAAUUGUUGCUUCGGUUUUAGAAACUGGACCACGCUGUGUACCUCACAAUCAGCUUGAAAUUUAUAAACCGUUUUUAAGAACUGCAGAAAUUCAACAUUAUUCACCGACAACUCUUCACCGAGGAAUUUGGAGAUUGACUAAGGGAAAAAAAUUAGAAGUUGCUAUUAAAAUUUUAAAACAAGAAGAAGAAGUAAAUUAUACAAAAGAAUUUUUGGAACUUGCUGAAAAAUGGUCUCAGUUGCGUUCUAGAACGCUUGUAGGAUUAUAUGGGUUAAUGGUAACACCAUCGAUUGGAAUGAUUUUGGAAAUGGUGCGACAUGGCCCCCUUGACGAAUAUUUGUGUAGUUCUUCUUCUCAGACUAUAAAAACUGUAGAUAUGGUAGAAGCAACAGCUUGUUUAGCUACUGCUCUCUGGCACCUUGAAGAAAAUGGUGUAGUCCAUGGCAACAUUAGGUGCAAUAAACUCCUAGUUCAUGCACAUACAAAUAAUAGUUUUGUAGUAAAACUUGCUGAUCCAGGAUUAUUUGUAUAUACGGAGACAGAUAUUCAUUGGUUACCACCAGAAACCUAUAAUGAUCCAGAUUUAGGUAGACAUAGUUUUCAAGCGGAUGUUUGGGCUGUUGGGACAACAAUUUGGCAAAUCUUUGCUAGGGGAGCUACAUUACUAGAAUUUCGAAAUGCUGUUACCCUAAAAAAUUAUUAUAAAUCUGGAAAACGUUUACCUAUUCCAAAUGGUUGUCCCACGGAAGUUUAUAGAUUGAUACUCGAAUGUUGGACAGAUUCGAGUGGUUCUAGAAAGCAACCUCAAGCAAUAAUGAGAGAUAUAAAUCAAAUUUUGUAUCAAGUAUACAAUUCCCGCAGGAGUCAUGCUUAUGCAACAGCAUUUCCUAAAUUAUUUAGUUCUGAAUUGAAAAAGCUAGAUGAGGAUAAUUCCGAUAGUAUUGACAGUACAUCGAUAAGUAGCGACUCAAAGUCUAGUAGUCUUUUUACAGACAAUACAAGCCUCCCCUGGAAUGAUACCGAUGAUAAUAUGCGAGGUUUAAUAAAUAUCAAUGAAAACUACGUAGGUAGUACAGAAGACCUGUUUGCAUAUUUAGGUUGGUUAUCUAGUGCAAGACGAGAUUCAGAAGGUUAUCCAAUUUCUCAAAAUAACAUUCCUAAUAUGAAUCGUAUCGAACACACCACUCAGUCUCUCAGAAUAGGGCAUCCUGGCGACUUGGGUGAGGUGAUAAGAAGAAACGAAGCAGGAACAGGUGAAGAUUGCGGUUCCAGAGGAAGUAGUAAUGACUCUUUAGGUCAAAUGCGAGGAAUAUAUGAAUUGGACAUUGAUUGUAAUGUAAUUCUACAAGGUAGGAUUGGUCAAGGUUAUUAUGGAGAAGUCUACAGAGGUACACUUGAAAGAGAUAAUGGAAAAGAUAUUGAAGCACAAGAGGUUGCUAUAAAGAAAUUGAAAACUCGAGCACUCGAAGCAGAUAUAAGGGACUUCGAGAGAGAAAUUACUAUAAUGAAGACUUUAAAACAUCCAAAUGUGGUAGAAAUCCUUGGAGUAAUAUCAGACCCCGAAGUUUGUUUAGUAAUGGAAUAUGUAAAACAUGGUUCAUUACAAAGUUAUUUGCCAAUACACAAACAAAAAUUGACACAUAAAAGACUGUUGGGUUUUGCUUUAGAAAUUGCGACAGGCAUGGAUUACUUGGGUAGCAUGAGUAUUGUUCACAGAGAUCUUGCCGCUAGGAAUAUUUUGGUCGCUGAUGAAAAUAGAGUUAAGAUCUGUGAUUUUGGGCUGGCCCAAGUCACUGGAAAGAAUGGUUAUUAUCUUUUACAGACUGAUCGUGGCCUUCCUAUAAAAUGGUACGCCCCAGAAAGUAUUAGAGACGGAAAAUUUUCUACUAGAUCAGAUGUUUGGUCUUUCGGUGUAACAAUGUAUGAAACAUUUGGCUUUGGAGAAGAACCACGUUUACCCGGUAUCGAUUCAAGCACAGAGCGUCUUCAAAAUGAACAAGAAAAAGGAAGUACUGAAUUAUUGGCUGCAUUAGAAAGAGGUACCCGUCUUCCUUGCCCUUCUACUUGUCCGCAAUCAAUUUAUGUAAAACUUAUGUAUCCCUGUUGGCAUUUGCAAAGCCAUUUGAGACCAGAUUUUAUUACACUUUGUAAAGAUAUCAGAGAUCUUCUUGCUGAAUACUAAAAACCACAGUUAUGUGAGUAACGAAGUAGGUAUAUUAAAUGAAAUUUAAAUGGUAUAACACUCUAGAAAACUUGAAUCUAAUGGUAAGUUUUAAUCAUUGUUAAUUUCAUUACUUUAUUUAAUUUUAAUGCGAUAAUCGUCGUUUUAAUAGAUUCAUAUAUGUAAAAGUUAUAGUAAUAUAACAAUGUAAUAAACGGUGAUUAAAUGAUGAUAAAAAUAAAUCUUUUAAAAACCGCGACAAGGUAGAAGCAGUAGAAAGAAUACGUGUUCCAGUCUCAAAAAGAUUGAAUAAAUUACUCUAACACUUUACUUAAUAUAGAAUAAAUAAAUAAAAAGUUUGUUAUAUUUA